AUGACCCACAAGGUAUCCAGAGAGCUGCUGCUCAUUGGCCAGAGGGUCUUGUGGAAGUCAUGUGGCCUCCAGCAUGGAUCCUGCCACAGAGGUUCCUGGGAGACAGCCUGGGGUGAAGACAGCCCCUGGUGCUUGCAGAAGUGCCUCAGCUGUGUCCAGUUCCAGCUACUGGGACCAGGACUUCCUGGCUGUGUUCCCACAGAACAACAAAGAGCCCCCCGCGUCUCCUCCUAUGUCCCUGCUGACACCCAGGUGUCGGUAACGCUCUGUGGCAGCUCCGUCACCCAGAACAUCACCCUGAGGCCAGAUGUCACUGUGCCCUUGCCCCUCCCUGCUAACCUGGAACUCACUGGAAGCUGCACUUUCCCUAAAACCUUGAUAGUCCAGGCAAGCACUGAUAUUCCCAUGGUGGCCGUUAGCACCAAGGGCUACACUGUGGAUGCUACCACCCCCGCUAUUAGCAUCACCACCACCGCCACUUUCCACUAUGCUGGGGCCACCUAUGUCCCUGACACUAUACUCCACCUAAUGCUGCAGCCCUACCAUAGCCUGCAGCUCCAGAGCAGCCAGGACUUCACUGGCACAGUUGUGGUGGCCGACACCCCUGUGUUGGCCUCAGUGGCCACAUCUGUGUCAAGGUGUUUGCUGGCUUUGACUUCGUGGUGGAGCAGCUCCUCCCAAUGACAGCAUGGGGGAGGAGCUAUGUGGUGCCAUCCAACCCACUGCAGACAGACAUUGACUUCAUUUAUGUGGUGGCAGAUGAAGACAGCACCAUCACCUACAACACCAGGAGUGGGAAUCCCACUGUAGCCAUGGUGGCAGGAGAGGUGCAGAUGUUCAUGGUGAACCGUAACUCCCACCUGUACAUCAGUGUGGUGGUGGCAGUGCAGUGGUGUUUUUCCUCAGCGGGUGAUCUGGGCAAGAUCCCUUCCUCCUUGUUGUCCCACCUGUCACCUCCCAUUGCACUGUGUUCUGCUUCAGCCAUGUGCCCAGCCAGUAUAACCAUUCCAUCCUCAUUGCACCCACCACUGCCACCACUACCCUCAACCAUCCACCAGACAACACCAUGGCAUGGCAGGCCAUUCCUGGCACAGAUUUCUCCUGAGCCAGCAUCACCGUGAGUACAGCGAUGCAGAGCGCUGAGAAAUCACGGGUGCCCAUUGGGCUCCUGGUGUUUGGGUUCCAGAGUCAAACUGGAUAUGGCUUCCCAGGGCUCUGUGCUGCCAGUGAGUACAGACGGUCCAUUGUUGUGUCACCCCAAUGGUUGAGUGUUGUGCAGUUGACCAUUCAUGGGUUUUCUCUGUAGGAAAGACAUUUUUGUGCUGUUCUUGUGAGCCAGCGAAGGCUUCCUGAAGAUAAGGAAAGCCCCGUAUCUCUCUUGAGGAAGGUACCAAGGCUGUCACCAUGACAACAUGAAGAAAGAGAGAAAGUUAAAAGAUUUGGACUUUAGUUGGCUGACCGUGACAUGGCUCCUUGUUCACCUAUUGAGAACUUUGUUUCUUUCUUAUGACCAAUGGGCAGUGUAUGUGUUUGUUAAGUAAAUGUAAAUAUCUUGUAAAACUAUAAAGGCAACAUGUUGCUUUAAUAAAGCCCCUUAUACAGCCUUCUAAUGGAGUCCCGGUUCUUUGCAUCAUGUCACGCUCUAUAGCAACAUAUCCCCCUUUUUAAAGGCCCCACACCACUCUUCUUGAGGAUUUGGUAUGCAAAGAGAGGUGUGAGUGGUGGAUGGACAACCAGAGUGCAUCCAGGAGACUUUCUCUGCCUGUUGGCUUGCUGGCAGGCCACACUACUGCAGUUUUGAUGGAAAAACCUUUGAUUUCAUGCGAACAUGUGCCUACACUUUGACCACCCUUCCUGCCUUCUCUGUUGAGGUCAAAAAGCAGGAAAAGGUGAGCUUCCAAGUUUCCUCUAUAGGCUCCAUCACCAAUCCCAUAGACAAUAUCACUGUCACCACAGUCUUAUCAGAGAAUGGGAUGGUGAGGGUGAGCAAAAAUCAAGUAAUUUUUUGAAUGUUGCUGAAAUUACGUAUUUAGCAAUGACAUUGAGGGUCUUUUCCUAAGUAAUUCCUCGAUUUGCUGGUCUGUAGGCAGCCCUUGUAUGAAGACACCUCAAAUCUUCUUAAACUCCAUGUAUUGCCCAGUUUUGGUGGAUUUUGGUUGUUUUGAUGAUUGUUAUUUUCGUCCAGGUGAGCAGCCACCACUUGUGCUUCCCCAUGUCCCUCUCCGAUGGGGAGCUCCAUGUCUACCAGAAGGGUAAAUCCAUGUUGAUCCAAUCAAAUUUCAAGCCGAAGGUCCUCUACAACUGGGAUGAUCAUUUAGUGAUCAAAUUUCUGGCUGCUCUUUCUGUAAAAGUCUGCGGAAUGUGCAGGAAUAACAGGGACCUCCAGGAUGACAC